AGCGCGCAUGCGCAUAUUGUGACAGUUGGCCUGCUGCAAGCUCGGCUCCUUUCCAAAAAGCAUGUUUAUGACUUACCCAGCAUGAAGCGGCCGAGCAAGUUAGCUGAGGCACGGCGGCGUAGAGAGGCGUAACGGUAGCCCCUAACCCUAACUGACAUGGGUGAAGACACCUGUGUUUCACAACGACACCUGCAGCUAGACUAGAGUUUCUCUGUCUCUUAGGGUGACAGGUGGGCAGGAUGGGGGAGCGGACCACCCGUGGCCCUGUGGCUACGAUCUCUCCAGUUCAGCAGAUGCUGGCUUCUGGCACUGGAGCCCUCCUCACAUCUUUAUUUGUCACACCGCUGGACGUUGUGAAGAUCAGGCUGCAGGCUCAGCAGACACCAUUCCACCAAGCUUUAGCCAGGGAACCUGCUCCGUGGGCUGGUGUAGCUCGCCCCUCAAAGUGGAAGUGCUUCUUGUAUUGCAACGGACUGAUGGAUCACAUAUAUGUUUGUCAGAAUAGAACCAGUUGCACCAGCUGGUACAAAACACCAACACAUUUUAGCGGGACUCUUGAUGCUUUUGUGAAAAUCACUCGUCAUGAAGGACUUCGGUCUUUGUGGAGUGGGCUUCCACCAACACUGGUUAUGGCUGUGCCCGCCACUGUCAUCUACUUCACAUGCUACGACCAGCUGCUGGAUUUCCUGAGAUUCGGUGUGGGUCUUCAGGGUAGCCACCUCCCUCUUGUUGCUGGUGGCCUUGCCAGAUUGGGGGCAGUGACAGUGAUCAGCCCCCUGGAGCUCGUCAGGACCAAGAUGCAGUCCCGUCGGCUGUCUUACAGAGAGCUACGGGUGUGUAUCCGCUCUGCUGUGGCUCAAGGCGGCUUGCUGUCGCUGUGGAGGGGCUGGGGACCCACCGUCCUAAGAGAUGUACCCUUUUCUGCUUUAUACUGGUUUAACUAUGAGCUGGUGAAGGCCCAUCUCUGUGAACAGUCUGGAAUGCCUCAGGCCAACUUCUCCAUCAGCUUCACUGCAGGAGCCGUCUCUGGAGCUAUUGCGGCCAUCCUCACGCUGCCGUUUGAUGUGGUGAAGACUCGGAGACAGAUUCAACUGGGAGAGAUGGAUACAUUGGGAGUUUCCAUCAAGAAAACCACAUCCACGUGGCACAUAAUGAAGGAAAUCUGGGCUGAGAUGGGCUACCGGGGCCUUUUUGCUGGUUUUAUGCCGAGGGUGAUCAAAGUGGCUCCAGCCUGUGCUGUCAUGAUAAGUAGCUACGAGUUUGGAAAGGCAUUCUUCCAUAAGCUGAACCUUGAUCGAGGGACGCUGGCAUCCUGAAGACAGUUAGGGUGUCAGUGGGAGGAAAGCUGUUCACAGCAGAAUUUAGAAAUAUUAUUAUAAUCAGCACAUUUGGGAUAAAGUCACCUCAGACAGAAGCUUGGAGGAGAGGCUGGCUUGCAUUUAGUUUUAAUGAAGACAAAAGAUGGGGAUUAACCCUCUCUGCUGAGACUUCCCUCCUGGAGACACACCUCCACCCUUGGACACGACAAGGAUCUUAAAUAACCUGGACACUGAGGAAUACUCGGGGACCUUCGUGUGUGUUUAUUUGAGUAAAUGUUUUACAGGUGUCUGAAAGUUGUUGUGCUUAGCUGAAGGUAUUUGAUUUUUAAGUGACUCAGUUCAACCACCAUCAUUCGUGAUGGACUCUGAACUCUCUCACUCAAAAACUUGAACCCUUCUUAAGGACUGUGACUUCAUCAGUACUGUAGCUUUAGUCGAAAAUGUUCUCAUUCCAACAUUUCUCAUUAUCUGGACAAAUUGCAUGUUGCGACUGACCCUAUUCAGUACAGAGAAUGGGUCCACCUUGCAUUGGCAUUACUGCAUUAUCCAGCAUUCAUAAAGCAGUGAAGCAUGACAAUUUAGACAUCUAUCUGCUGUGUGGAGGACUGAUAAAUCUGGUUUGCUGAAUAGAUUUCACUAUAUAUAGCACAUGUGUAUUUACAAAACAAGAGCUGUGAAUGGAAACAAUGAAGAACAGUGACAGGUUUUUAUGUUUGUUGAUGUACUGUAUAUUCUUUUUUUGUGUUCUCAUAAUUAAUAAUGAGAGCUAUAUUAUUUGAGGAGACACUCGAAAUGAAAGAAUUGAGGUGAGCCUUAUUUGUGCAUGAGGUACAUAAUUUUCUAUGAAAAGCAAAAAAGAUCAGGCAAGGGUCAACAACAAAAGGUUUUCCAAAAAUGUCCUUUGGCAGGAUUCUGGUGAUCAACUGUUUGUAUUUCUUAUCCACAACCAAUGUAACAUGAAAAUUUGUCAAAACACUGGAUCAUAAACCAAAAUGUCAGUUACUUAAUCUGAAAUAUGUAAAUGUGAGUCUUUUGUGUUUUUUAUGAUGGAGAUGUUAUUAAAUGCUAAGAUGGCUUGAUUUAAAAA